UCUGCAUUUUCCUUGUAGAUUGGAGAGCAAACAAACAAAGAUGAAGCUGUUGUGGGUUGUGAUGCUGGUGGUCGGCACAGUGUUUGCCGCCAACGAUGAUGAUAAGAAGGACAACGUGGGGACUGUGGUUGGGAUUGAUCUGGGGACCACAUACUCAUGUGUUGGAGUGUUCAAGAAUGGACGUGUGGAGAUUAUUGCCAAUGACCAGGGAAACCGAAUUACCCCCUCCUACGUGGCCUUCACCAGUGAAGGUGAGCGUCUGAUCGGUGAUGCUGCCAAGAAUCAGCUGACCUCUAACCCUGAGAACACCAUCUUUGAUGCCAAGAGGCUCAUUGGUCGCACAUGGGGUGACUCGUCUGUGCAGCAGGACAUCAAGUACUUCCCCUUCAAGGUUACUGAGAAGAAGAGCAAGCCCCAUAUCCAGGUUGACAUUGGUGGUGGUCAGAUGAAGACCUUUGCUCCCGAGGAGGUCUCUGCUAUGGUGCUGACUAAGAUGAAGGAGACUGCUGAGGCUUACCUGGGCAAGAAGGUCACACAUGCUGUGGUCACUGUCCCCGCCUACUUCAACGAUGCCCAGCGCCAGGCCACUAAGGAUGCUGGUACCAUUGCUGGUCUGAAUGUUAUGCGAAUCAUCAAUGAGCCAACUGCUGCUGCUAUUGCUUAUGGCCUGGACAAGAAGGACGGAGAGAAGAACAUUCUUGUGUUCGAUCUGGGCGGUGGCACCUUUGAUGUCUCUCUUCUGACCAUUGACAACGGUGUUUUUGAAGUGGUGGCCACCAACGGUGACACUCUCUUCUAA